UUGGGCUGGUGGCUAAUCUUUCCUCUCCCCCUUCCUCCCCUGUCUUUUCCCUGCAGAUAAACUGGGGGGGGGGGGUUUCCGCCUCCUGGGCUUCCCCAUGUCUACGGAGAGCUCCCCUUUGCUCAGCUACCGGCUCUUCCAGGUGUCGGGGGAGAGCGAGAUGCCGGGGGCCACCCAGGAAGAGGCCCCCCUGGUGGUGGGGGUGGUGGGCUCGGCCUCCGGGGGCCCCCACCCCGAUCCGGCCCGGCAGCUCUCCACCUUUUUCGGCGUCAUCGUCCCCACCGUCCUCUCCAUGUUCAGCAUCGUCGUCUUCAUGCGUGUUGGCUUUGUGGUGGGUCAUGCGGGCUUCCUCCAGUCCCUCCUGAUGCUGGUGGUCGCCUAUCUCAUCAUCUCCCUGACGGUCUUGUCUGUCUGUGCCAUCUCCACCAACGGAGCAGUCCAGGCUGGCGGGGCGUACUUCAUGAUCAGCCGGACGCUGGGCCCAGAGUUUGGCGGGAGCAUCGGACUCAUGUUCUACCUGGCUAACGUCUGUGCUUGCGGCGUCUACGUCCUUGGCCUGGUGGAAGCCAUUUUGGAUGUCUUCGGAGCAGAUGGGUCGGACCUUCCCGGCGCCAAGGCCCUCCCACAGGGCUACUUCUACAGCUUCCUCUACGGCUCGCUCGUCCUCUUCGUCUGUCUCCUGGUGUGCUUGGUGGGCGCCCAGAUCUACUCGAGAGCCGCCUUCUUCAUCUUCCUGGUUGUCAAUGUCAUCCUGGUCACCAUCUUCGCCAGCUUCUUCGCCGUCUCCCCGAGGGAAAUCCUGAUCUCCCGGGACAGCAACCAGAGCUUCAACGCAUCCUUCACCGGCUUCAACAUUUCCACCUUGAGGGACAACAUGUACGCCAUGUACUCCCGCGAUUAUACCACCAACAACAUGAUGUCCUUCGCCACCGUCUUCGCCGUCAUGUUCAACGGCUGCACGGGCAUCAUGGCCGGUUCCAACAUGUCAGGGGAGCUGAAGAACGCCAGCAGCUCCAUCCCGAAGGGGACCAUCGUGGCUGUGGUGUACACCUUCGUGAUCUACUUCUUUCUCUUCUUUAUGACCAGCUUCACCUGUGAGAGGGCGCUGCUGAAAGGGGACUACGGCUUCUUCCGCGCCAUCAACAUCUGGCCGCCGUUUGUGCUGAUCGGCAUCUAUGCGGCCUCCCUCUCGGCCUCCAUGAGCAACCUGAUAGGGGCGUCGCGCAUCCUCCACGCCCUGGCCAAAGACGACCUGUUUGGCAUCGUCCUCGCUCCGGCCAAAAUUGUCUCCAAAGGGGGCAAUCCCUGGGUGGCCGUCCUCUACACCUGGGCCCUCGUGCAGCUGGUGCUCUUUGUAGGAAAGCUCAACACCAUCGCCGGCAUCGUCACCGUCUUCUACCUCGUGGCCUACGCCGCCGUGGACCUGGCUUGCUUGGCGCUGGAGUGGGCGUCCGCUCCGAACUUCCGGCCUACCUUCCAGGUCUUCUCUUGGCACACCUGUUUCCUGGGCAUCAUCUCCUGUCUGGUGAUGAUGUUCCUCAUCAGCCCGGCGGGCGCUUCAGGCAGCCUGGGCCUCAUGCUGCUCCUCCUGGGCUUCAUCCACCUCCGCUCAGCGGCCUCCUCUUGGGGGUACAUCAGCCAGGCCCUCAUCUUCCACCAGGUACGGAAGUACUUGCUGCUGCUGGACAUCCGGAAGGACCACGUCAAGUUCUGGCGGCCGCAGAUCCUGCUGAUGGUGGCCAACCCCCGAGGGGGGUCCCAACUCAUGAAGUUCAUCAACCACCUCAAGAAGGGUGGCCUCUUUGUGCUGGGACAUGUUGAAAUCGGGGACCUAGACACCAUGCCCUCCGACCCCAUCCAGGCCCACUACAACUUCUGGCUGAGCCUGGUGGACAAGCUGAGCAUCAAGGCGUUUGUGGACUUGACGCUCUCGCCUUCGGUCCGUCAGGGGACUCAGCACCUGCUGCGCAUCACUGGCUUAGGAGGAAUGAAGCCCAACACCUUGGUCCUUGGUUUCUACGACAACUGCGUCCCAGACGAUUACUUCCUGCAGGACCCGGCCUUCAGCCAGGCUCGGGAGAACGACGAGUUCGGGGUGGACCUGGCCGCUCUGCAGGCCCACUUUCCGCCGGUGCGGGACGGGGCGAGCCAGAAGGCCUUGAGCCCUGCCGAGUACGUCGCCAUCAUCUCCGACGCGGUGAAGAUGCAUAAGAACGUCUGCUUGGCCCGUUACUUCCACCUCCUGGAGAAGGACCUGCCGAACUCCUCCGGCUCAUCUUCCUCGUCUUCCUCCUCCUCUUCCAAGCGGCGUUUCGAAGGAUGCUACAUUGACGUCUGGCCCCUCAACCUCUUGCGGCCCCACACCCCGACCUACGUGGACAUCUGCAGCCUCUUUCUCCUCCAGAUGGCCUGUAUUCUCACUAUGGUCACGUCUUGGAAGGGGGCCCGGCUCCGCAUCUUCCUGUGCGUGGAGUCGGGCGACGUGGGCUGGAUCAGCAAGGAGGAGAAGCUGCGGGAGCUCCUCACCAAGCUCAGGAUCAAAGCCACCAUCAAAAUGGUCACCUGGAACCAAGUGGUGGCUCUCCGUGGACAGCAGCCGGCGGGCGAGAGGCCGUGGCCUGCCGAGGGAGAGGGCCGCCUUCCUCGUGACCCCGAGAAGCUCUCGGGAGAGACUUUCCUGAACGCGGCCCCUUUCCGCGUGACCGACGAGUACUUGGCCUCCGUCAACAACCUCCUGCUGAAACAAGGGGGCCCGACAGCCGUGCGGUUCCUCUACCUCCCGCGGCCGCCGGCGGACACCUCUCAGUACGAGCGGUACCUGGAACAGCUGGACAUCCUGACCACGGAUCUGGGGCCCACGCUGCUCAUCCACGGGCUGACCCCCGUCACCUGUACCGAGCUCUGAGGGGCUCCUGAGGGUGUUGGGCAGAAAACCUAGGUGGUUAGGAAUUUUUUUAAAACGGUGCCUUUGGAGUGGUCAAGGGACUUGCUUCAUGGGAAGGCCUUUCCUUCUGGUCGCGUUGGUGAGGGGCUUUGAGGGGGGAGGGGGAAGCCUGGCGAGAGCAUCUCUUGCUGCGAAUUCCUUCUGAACAUCUCUCCUUAGGUCCCUUCACGGUGCCAGAAGGGAAGCCUGGGAGCUGGCUUCUCCCUGCUUCGAAUAAGAGAGAGGGGUUUUCCUCUCGACGGUCUGGGGUUUUUCUUCCAGUACCACAGGGUGUAGCAGAAUUCUUGGACCUUCCGAGUGGAUGGAUCAAGGCCGUUUUUCUCCUCCUGCUUGGUUUAGUUUUCCUUCACAGCCUGAUGUAUCAGAUUUUGCCUGCAACACGUUGGCCUGUUUCUUAUGCAACCGGAGUCCUUCCCGGGGCCACAGAUUUUCUCCCACCUCCUGGGGGGGGGAAGGAGAUGAGGCUGCCCCCCCACUGGGGAAGCAGAGCGGACUCUUGGCCCAGGAGCUGCCAUCCAUGGGGGCUUUUCCCUCAGCUCCUUUGCUCUGUAAGCAGAUGGCAACCCCUGUGCCUUCACCCUUUAAACGGAAAUUCGGAAGAGAAGGUGAAUCGCUCCCCGGGCCAUCCCCUGUCCGGUCUUGCUGCCUUGACACGAAGACCUACAACAAAGAAGCUGUAUCAAAGUGGCCCUGGCUUCAUCGAGCCACCCUUUGUAUGUUGUGUAUGUGUGUGUGUUUCUGCACUCAGGAACACACUGGGUAAACGAACGCCACCCCUGUGCGGGUGUCACCUACCAUCAUUGGCUUUCCAGGAAGAACGUCCCUCUAGCUUUCCACUCGAUGAUGUGAAAUUUCCCCAUCCACGGAGAGACCUUUAAGAAGCCUUUUUCGGGUCCCGGUUUAGGUCUCUACCAGACUGUUUGUUUACUGCCCCCUCCCCAUUUUAGAAUGGUUCUUUAGGAUCAUGCGGACACCGGGAUGGAGAAAUGCCUUCAUUAAUUUCCCCCAACUGCUGCUGCUCCUUCAGCUCUUAACUCCACUAACGGCGUAGACGAGAAGCAAUUACGAAAGGGGAAUCGUCCCUGAAUCAGCACAGGGUCCUCCUUCAGAUGCUUCCAAUUCGUCCCACACACACACACACGCACACUCCAUGGCACCUCAACCCUGCAAGAAGGUGCUUAUUACUAAUCAUUAACAGGCUUACUUAAAAUUCGACUAGUUUUGUGCCUCUAAGGAGGAAGGAGAGAGAGUGAGAAGAUACGUUUGUGUGUCCUCCUUCGUUGCCGUUCCUCCUUGGGGGAGUUUAUGGUGUGCUUUGCACCUAGGAGGGUGGGCAGAAGGAGGCAGAGAGGAGGAGGAGGAGGAGGAUUCCUACUUUUAAAUGUAGCUGGGCAAUAAAAGUGAAACGAGAACUAA